GGGCCGAGCCAAUGGGAGGCGGCGUUCUUGGUUACCAGGCUCAAGAUGGCGGCGGUGUUGGAGCUGCACGGGACCGGGCCGCACGGAGACCGGCACCGGCUGGAGGACGAGGAGGAACCGAUUGACCUGACAGGCCUGUCACCAGAGGAACGAUGGAGGGUGGAACAUGCACGGAUGCAUGCCAAACACCGUGGGCACGAGGCGAUGCACGCAGAGAUGGUCCUCAUUCUCAUUGUUACCUUGGUGGUUGCACAGAUUCUUCUGGUGCAGUGGAAGCAGAGACACGCCAAGUCCUACAAUCUGGUGACAUUGUUCCAGAUGUGGGUUGUGCCCCUGUAUUUCACAGCUAAACUGCACUGGUGGAGGUUCCUAGUGAUCUGGGUGCUGUUCUCCAUAAUCACAGCCUUUAUUACUUUCCGGGCAACGCGGAAACCACUAGAGGGAACGACGCCCAGGCUGGUUUAUAAAUGGUUUCUGCUACUCUACAAAUUAAGCUACGCCAGUGGGAUCGUGGGCUACGCUGGAGUAAUGUUCACCCUCUUUGGUAUAAACUUAUUAUUUAGAAUAAAACCAGAAGAUGGAAUGGACUUUGGAGUAUCGCUGUUGUUUUAUGGGUUGUAUUACGGAGUGUUGAGUCGUGACUUUGCAGAAAUGUGUGCAGACUACAUGGCAUCUACUAUAGGGUAUUACAGUGCAUCUGGGAUGCCAACCAAACACCUCUCGAAUGAGAUCUGCGCAGUCUGUGGACAAAAAAUCUUUGUGGACGUCAAUGAGGAAGGCAUCAUAGAAAAUACAUAUAUGCUGACCUGUAAUCAUGUAUUCCAUGAAUUCUGCAUCCGAGGUUGGUGCAUCGUUGGAAAGAAACAGACUUGUCCAUAUUGUAAAGAGAAGGUGGAUCUAAAGAGGAUGUUUAACAAUCCCUGGGAGCGACCUCAUGUCAUGUACGGCCAGCUGCUAGAUUGGCUACGUUACUUGGUUGCUUGGCAACCUGUGAUCAUCGGACUGGUUCAAGGCAUCAACUACAGUCUGGGACUUGAAUAACGUCACCCUUUUUUUCUCUUCCUCCAAAACACCCCCUCCCUUUCUCUCUCUCCCCCGCUCCCUACCACCCCCCCUCCCCCCUCCCAAACCUUUCUGGGGAUCCUCCUCCCCUUCCCCAAACUCCAAUUCCGUGGAAUACAGCAACCAGGAUGUUUAAUUAAAGCUCUGUUGGAUACCACAUCCACCAAAGGAGGAGGAGAGAGACAAGGAAGCAUCCGCUUGGGCCAGUGGGAUAUCGGGCUUGUUGGCAAAUGGACUAAUGAGUUUCUUCAGUGUAAUUUUCCCCUCCUUCCUACAAAAGAGAUUGAAUAUUCAAAUUAGACCUGUGCUCAUACCUGUCCCCCAUUGUUGACUAGAAUUGACAAAUCCUAUCCCUACAUAACAGGCUAAAGGGCCGCCUCCUGUUGCCAUUUAACUGGCUGAGGGGCCUGCUCUUGUUCCUAUCAUGGUUACUCAAAGUCUUGAACCACAAGCCAGAGGGGUGUUUUGUUUCUUGUCUCCAAAGACCCAACCUGACUGGAGUCCUGAAAAUCUGCAUUUCUCUGACAUAAAUGGAUUCCGUGGUUGCUCACUGUGUGUAGGACCAGGGUUAUCAACAGGUGAGUUAGAGAGAGCCCGGACUACUCCUUUGAAUGUAACUUAACAUUUGUAAAUGGACAUUCAAUAGUGACUUUUCUGGAGGGGUGGGGGUCAAGAUGUAGAACAACAGAUAACUGGGUUGUAAUAUUGGGACAGCCAUUACAGGAACUGGGGCUGUAAUAUUGGGGCACUUCUUACAGGAACUGUGGCUGUUAAAAGGCAACAGCCGUUAGAAGAACUGGGGCUAUAAUAUUGGGGAAGCCAUUACAGGAAAUGGAGUUGUAAUAGGAUUUGGAUUUGGAAUCCGAUCGAAUAAAAUUCCGUUUCCCUGAUGAGAUUUUUUGGGGGACAAAGUAAGUUCAGUCCUGGAGCUGAGAAAAUUCACUGAAGUGUGCAUAUCAUUCAGUGGACAUUGGUUUAUGUUGGGCUAAAAUUUUGCCUUAAAGGGAGAGAGAGAGAUGUUAAGGAUGGGAAUUAGGAACUGAAGUGGGGAGGGGUUGAGACCAGCAGGUCAAAAAUUCCAAGAAGAAUAGGUUGAAAUCCAUCCUUUUUAUACUAGAUAUAUAUUUAAAAAGCCCUAUUUUUACACUCUAAUCUUUUAUAUUGGAUUGUAUGGGGGGUUAGUCAGCAAUGCAUUGGAUUCAUUGCAAACUCAUCCCCUCCCCUAGCCCAGGAUCACUGCACCAAUAUAGAAAUGGCCAGUUAAUAUAUUGGACCGCAUUUUGUGGUCCUGUGGUUGGAGUCUGAGAAAUAAAUGAGUGUAUGUCAGCUUGUGUGCCCUCCUGUCCUUUCCAAAGUUGUUGAGUGACCCCCAAGGUUUUACAGAUGUGAAAAUAAUGCAGUUUGUGCCGCCUUGCAAGACAUGAGGCAGAUUUCCUCUAUGGAAUGCGUUUUGCAGUGUGGUGUCAACCCGUAUGCGUAAAGGAAGGGCCAGUCUCCCCUGAAUUGAGUGACCUUGGUUGCAGUGAGUGUUGGGCCCCUUGGCUGUUGAGUGGGAGAAAGAAGCCAGGAUACCGGCUCCUGAUCACUGUCCAGUGACCAGCUCCCUGCAGCCCAAUUCUCCUCACUGGAAAGUGUGUGGGGAUCUCAGGUGGGUGGGGAAGGGAUGGAACUGGAGGAGGAAAAGAGACCAAGAAAAGUCAUUGCCGGUGAACAAUCCUCCACCUCUUGGCUCGGCAAGAGACAGCUGUGUUCACUCAUUGACAGCCGUCACUGAGAUUAUUUUCUGACCCUGUCCACUGACUGGUAAUUCGAACUGUGGGUCUGGUGUGUCAUCUGGUCAUUUAUUAGCCAGGGUUCAAUUGACAUUUCUAACACUGGUUGGCUGGUGGAAAAAAAUUCUUUCAGCCAACAUUGGCUGCAACGUUUGUUCCUGCCCCCUCCCCCUCCCCCUGCUGCAUUAAGAAGUUGGUUUGGCCAGUAUUGUCACUGGUGAGACAUACUGCCAUUUCUUUGGUGUGCUGGAUCUGUAAAAAGAAACUGGUGCGAUUCAUAUCAAUAAACGGUGUACACGUUA